AUGACAUUUUCGAGUAUUUCAGGACAAAAUAGUAAAGUACAUAUAGAGAAGUUCAUCGUCAAUCUGAUGUCAGCAUACACUACUCACAUUGAAGUCAUGUUGGAUGAUAGGCUUUGUACAACCUUGGGGAUACGAAAGUUUGGCAUCAUUAGUGCGGCACCAGUCGGACGCUAUCCGGCCCAAAGACUUGUCCAAAAAAUUUUAACUGGUAAAGAUGGUUGUUUUGAAGCCAUGAACGACAUCGCCUUAGCUUUCCACAUCGCUUUGUCCAAAUCGCAGGAAGUAUUUAUUCUGGGAUUUGUUCCACCCGACUCAGAAAACUACUCGUCUGGCAGCUGA